CGAUAAAACUCAAAGCAAAUUCAAAUCUCAAAGUGAACAAAUUUGUGAAUCCCAAGUGCAUCAAGUUAAAAGUGAUUUAUUCUGCAUCAAGUGUUACAAAACUACAGUAUAAGAGAAAAAAAUGUCUGCAAUCGGUAUUGACUUGGGAACGACAUACUCCUGCGUGGGUGUGUUCCAGCAUGGCAAAGUGGAAAUCAUCGCAAACGACCAGGGAAACCGAACCACCCCCAGCUAUGUGGCAUUCUCGGACAUGGAACGGCUGAUCGGCGAUGCGGCCAAGAACCAGGUGGCGAUGAACCCGAAGAACACAGUUUUCGACGCCAAACGGUUGAUUGGCCGCAAGUUCGAUGAUCCAAAGAUUCAGGCCGACAUCAAACAUUGGCCAUUCACGGUGUACAACGAUGGUGGCAAAACGAAGAUCGAAGUCGAGUUCAAAGGCGAGAGGAAACGGUUUGCUCCGGAAGAAAUCAGCUCGAUGGUGUUGACAAAGAUGAAGGAAACGGCUGAGGCUUACCUGGGAACAAGCGUGAAGAAUGCAGUCAUCACAGUUCCUGCCUAUUUCAACGAUUCUCAGCGUCAGGCCACAAAGGAUGCUGGUGCCAUUGCAGGACUGAAUGUCAUGAGAAUCAUCAAUGAACCAACGGCUGCUGCAUUGGCUUAUGGGUUGGACAAGAACCUCAAAGGUGAGCGAAAUGUGUUGAUCUUCGAUCUGGGAGGCGGAACCUUCGAUGUCUCGAUUCUGACCAUCGACGAGGGAUCGCUGUUCGAAGUUCGAUCUACGGCUGGUGACACUCACCUGGGAGGAGAAGACUUUGACAAUCGAAUGGUGUCACACUUCGUGGACGAGUUCAAACGCAAGUUCAAGAAAGAUAUCUCAUCCAAUCCUCGUGCUCUACGACGUCUGAGAACGGCAUGUGAACGAGCAAAGCGAACAUUGUCAUCCAGCACUGAAGCCACCAUUGAAAUCGAUGCUCUUAUCGAUGGAAUCGACUAUUACACGAAAAUAUCCCGAGCUCGAUUCGAGGAACUCUGCUCUGAUUUGUUCCGUUCUACACUGCUACCAGUUGAGAAAGCUCUAUCCGAUGCCAAAAUGGACAAGAGAUCAAUCGAUGACAUAGUACUAGUCGGUGGAUCAACACGCAUUCCGAAGGUUCAAUCAUUGCUUCAGAACUUCUUCUGUGGAAAGUCUCUGAACUUGUCAAUCAACCCAGACGAAGCCGUGGCUUAUGGUGCUGCUAUUCAAGCUGCCAUUCUCAGUGGCGACAAGGACGAGAAGAUUCAGGAUGUGCUGCUGGUAGAUGUGGCUCCACUAUCUCUAGGAAUCGAAACUGCUGGCGGUGUGAUGACCAAGCUUGUUGAACGCAACAGCCGAAUUCCAUGCAAGCAAACGCAGAUAUUCUCGACUUACGCGGACAACCAGCCGGGAGUAUCAAUCCAGGUAUUCGAAGGAGAACGAGUUAUGACCAAGGACAACAAUCGACUUGGUCAGUUCGACCUAUCAGGCAUUCCACCAGCUCCGAGAGGCGUCCCUCAGAUUGAGGUCACAUUCGAUCUGGACGCAAACGGUAUUCUAAAUGUAUCGGCCAAGGAGAAGAGUACCGGAAAGGAGAAGAACAUCACAAUCAAGAACGACAAGGGUCGAUUGAGUCAGGCGGACAUCGAUCGAAUGUUGGCCGAGGCGGAGAGAUUCCACGAGGAGGACGAGAAGCAGAAGGAACGUGUUUCGGCCAGAAAUCAAUUGGAGAGUUACUGCUUCCAGUUGAAACAGUCGCUGGAAUCGGCCGGUGACAAAUUGAGCGAGUCGGACAAGAACACUGUGAAGGACAAGUGUGAUGAGAUCCUUCGUUGGUUGGAUGGAAAUACGAUGGCCGAGAAGGACGAAUUCGACCACAAAAUGCAGGAACUGAGUCGAGUGUGCAGUCCAAUUAUGACUCGGUUGCAUCAGGGCGCAGGAUCAUCGGCAGGAGCCUCGAGCUGUGGCCAACAGGCGGGAGGCUUCGGAGGCCGAACGGGACCCACCGUUGAGGAGGUCGACUGAAUAGAUUAAUUUCUUAGUUUGAAUGAAGA